AUGGCGGCUGUUGAGGAGCCGGACCUCUUGGAGUCCUUCAGCAACCUCAAAGCCCUGGCGCAGGGCGAGAUCGAUGAGUCUGCCGACAUCCCCCGGCUGCCGCCCAACACCAGCACGGGAGUGUUGGGAAACGGCCUGACGUACUUUGUCUUGAAGAACAAGGAGCCCAAGCAGCGCGCUGAGCUCUUCUUGGCCUUGGGCUUCGGGUCUUUGGUGGAGGAGGAGCACGAGCGGGGCAUUGCCCACAUCAUAGAGCACUUGGGGUUCUCUGCUACAAAGGCCUACGAGAACCACGCCAUCGUCAAGUUCCUGGAGUCCAUUGGAGCUCCCUUCGGCGCCUGCCAGAAUGCCUACACCACCUUCGACCGCACAGUGUACACCUUGCACGUGCCCACGGACAAGGAUGGCCUAGUGGAGGAAUCCCUGAAAGUCUUGAGGGAGUUCGCCUACUUCACCCGCAUCUCCCAGGAGGAUUUGGACAAAGAGCGCAAGGUGGUGCUGGAGGAGUGGCGGGAGAGCCGAAAUGCCCAAGGCCGCCUCAGCGAGCGCUAUGUGCAGGCUUUGUGCGGUGCCGGGUGCCGCUGGUGCGAGCGGCUUCCUAUUGGGAAGGAGGAGGUCAUCCGGGGCGUGUCAGCAGAGACCUUGCGGAAGUUCUACCAGAAGUUUUACCAUCCGGCCCGAAUGGCCAUCAUUGCCGUGGGCGACUUCGACCAAGAGCAGAUCGAGCAGAAAAUCAAGGAGCUCUUUGACCUCCCCCCUGCUACGAUCGAUCCCUUGCCCCGGUGCUCCGUGGAGGAGGCGCCCAAGCGCCCCAGGUACGCGGUGCCGGACUCGGAGGGGGUGCGGGUGGCCUCCAGCACGGACCCCGAGCUGAGCUUCGCGCAGUCGAUGGUGGACUGCAAGCGGCCCAGGUUGCCAGUGCAGAAGGGCCGUGACGUGCGGCGCCGGGUCACCGAGGACUUGUUCCACCGCGCCCUGGGGAGCCGCCUGCUCCGGCUGACCCUACAGGGGCCCUUGGGAGGCGGCCCUCGGGACUUCUUCUCCGCAGGCACGGAGUCCUCAGACCCGCUGCCGGCCUUGCCACUCGGACGAAGCCUUUGGCACGGCGCCUUCGGAGAUUUGGGGACAUGA